GCGGUGAUCGUAGCGUAUCCAAGUGUGCAUGUCAUUUUGGUUAUUUAGCAACAUUGGAAGCCCAUUUUGUUUAACGGCCAUUUCAACACUUGUUCUACUCGCCUAAGUUUUUCCCUCCUAACACUUUCCUCUCGAGUCCCUUGACCAUCAAACCCACACCACACAGAAAGACAGCAGAAAAUUCAAGAAAAAAGAAAUCGUCGAGAAACGAAUCACUGAACUGAAAAUCACAGAAAGUGAUUCCGAUUACAAUUUGGAAUUGGGAAGUCACUUCAAUUUCGUUCUGAGUUGCUUUGAUGAGUGAGAGAGUGAAGAAGGAAAAGCAAACAGAGAAAAAGGAGAGGAUGAAGAACAUCUUCAAGAAGCUUCACAUAGGAAGCAACCACGAUCCUCAUCGAUCCAAUGAAAUUCCGCCGCCUGUACCGUCGCCGUCUUGCGCCGCCGAUCACGUGCAGAGUUCCGGCGCCUCUCCGGCUAGUCCUUCGUCGUCAUCUCCUUCUACGGCUGUUGUGACUCCCGGCGGCGGCGCCACUCCGGCGGUUAGUCGGCAAGACUUUUUCUCGUCGGAAGAGGAGUUUCAGGUCCAGCUAGCCCUAGCUAUCAGCGCUUCCAAUUCGGAGUUUCGCGAUGAUCCUGAGAAGGAUCAGAUCCAUGCGGCGACGCUGUUGAGUUUGGGAGGGCAUCGAAUUGAUUCGACGAGGGGCAAGGACGAUGUGGCGGAGGCGCUAUCGAGGCAGUACUGGGAAUAUAAUGUGCUUGACUAUGAGGAGAAAGUAAUAGAUGGUUUUUAUGAUGUAUAUGGUCUCUAUAAUGAUUCAGCAAUGCAAGGAAAAAUGCCAUCUCUAACAGAUCUAGAGGCAAACCCUGGAGGUUCUAGCUUUGAAGUGGUCAUUGUUAAUCGAGCAAUUGAUCCUGCUCUGGAAGAGCUGAUACAAAUUGCACAUUGUAUUGCAUUAGAUUGUCCUGUCACUGAGGUUGGUAUUUUGGUACAAAUGCUUGCUGAACUUGUUACAAGCCAUAUGGGUGGUCCUGUAAAGGAUGCUAAUAUGAUAUUAACAAGAUGGACAGAAACAAGUACAGAGUUAAGGACAUCUCUUCACACAAUUGUAUUGCCUAUCGGGUCUUUAAAUAUUGGGCUCUCAAGGCAUCGUGCUUUGCUUUUCAAGGUAUUAGCUGACAACAUUAAGAUGCCUUGUAGACUGGUAAAAGGUAGUCAUUACACUGGUGUUGAGGAUGAUGCUGUCAACAUUAUAAAGUUGGAGGAUGAAAGGGAGUUUUUGGUUGAUCUCAUGGCUGCACCAGGGACACUUAUCCCAGCUGAUAUUUUAAGCACCAAGGAUAGUGCCCUUAAGUCUUACAAUCCCAAGAUUUUGCCAAAUUUACCUUCUGCCAAAGAUACUGGAUUUUCUUACUCAAGACCUUUUCCACCAUCUGAUGGUGAAGGCAGUAGUCAAAAUUCUGAGAUAAAAGAUCAUUCGUCACCAUGGAAUGGAAAACCAUAUUUGGAGAAGUCAGAGUACAUGCCUUCAAACUUGGGUUUGAGCAGAGACAGUGGUGUUGGUCCUUCUAAAAUGCCUAAUAGAGGGUCUCCUAACCAACUAGAAAAUUUGCCAGCGUUGUCUGGUUCUUCUCUGUGCAAAGGGACUCUUGGAAUGAAUGCAGUUGGUGAUGGGACAAGAUUGAAUGUCAAUGUAGUACCAUAUACUCAGAGCAGUCCCAACGACUCUCGAAGCCUUUUUGCAGAUCUUAACCCUUUCCAAAUAAAAGGAACUGGGAAGGCCUCUGUGCAUAACAAAACCCCGGAAAAUAAAUCUCCUGAGCUUAAAAAUACUAUUAAUAAUACUGUUUCUGGUCGACCACCAGUACCAUUGAUGUGGAAGAAUCGUCAUGCUUUCAACGAAGUCCCCAGGAAAUCUAAUCAUAACCCUAAUGAAUAUAACCCUCCUUUAUUUGUUUCCAAUGGUUCUUCUACAUCUGAAAACAUUGACCGUAGUAGUUCCAAAUCAUCAUAUGAUUCAAUUAUAAAUAAUGAUGUAAAUGCUCAAACUUCGGCACAAGUCACUGGUUCAGUUUCACCAGUUGGUGUACCUGAGCUGAACCAGAUUGAGGAUCUCAAUGCUGAUUUUAACAGGGGGGAUUUGGACAAUUCUCAAAAUAUCAUGGUAGAGGCGGUUAAAGAACCUGAAAACAUUGACAUCAGAUAUCAUGACCGGAGGAAGUGCACACAUGACAGAUUCAUGGGAAGCAAUUUGAAAUUAAAGGAUCCAGAGAGUCCUAGCUCAUCGAUUGAUACAAAUAGGGUUGAUCAAAUAUUGGAUGAUGUAGACGUUGGUGAAUGUGAGAUUCCAUGGGAGGAUUUGGUUAUUGGCGAAAGAAUUGGUCUAGGUUCAUAUGGCGAAGUAUACCAUGCCGACUGGAAUGGCACGGAGGUUGCUGUGAAGAAAUUUUUGGAUCAGGAUUUUUCCGGUGCUGCACUGUCUGAAUUCAAAAGAGAAGUACGGAUAAUGCGGAGACUACGUCAUCCAAAUGUUGUUCUUUUUAUGGGUGCUGUUACCCGUCCUCCCAAUCUCUCAAUCAUUUCAGAGUAUCUACCAAGAGGAAGCUUGUACCGUAUUCUUCAUCGCCCCAAUUGUCAGAUUGAUGAGAAAAGAAGAAUAAAAAUGGCUCUGGAUGUGGCUAGGGGCAUGAAUUGCUUACACACCAGUACACCUACCAUUGUUCACCGAGAUCUGAAGUCUCCAAAUCUUUUGGUUGAUAAGAACUGGAAUGUUAAGGUAUGUGAUUUUGGAUUGUCACGCUUGAAGCACAACACGUUUUUGUCAUCCAAGUCAACUGCUGGAACGCCGGAAUGGAUGGCUCCUGAAGUUCUCCGCAAUGAACCCUCAAAUGAGAAAUGCGAUGUUUAUAGUUUUGGAGUCAUCUUAUGGGAGCUUGCCACUCUAAGGUUGCCAUGGAGUGGAAUGAAUCCUAUGCAAGUUGUUGGUGCCGUAGGUUUCCAAAGCCGUCGACUUGAUAUACCUACGGAGGUUGAUCCUAUAGUUGCAAGAAUAAUCCGGGAGUGUUGGCUACAGGAUCCAAAUCUGCGCCCAUCGUUUGCACAACUCACAGUGGCUCUAAAACCACUGCAGCGUCUGGUUAUCCCAUCUCAUCAAGACCAGGUAGCUCCACCUGUGCCGCAGGAGAUUUCUGUAAAUUCCACCCCAUGAAAAGUCUCACUGUUCUCAAGUGUGAAUAAUUAGGUUUUCUGCAUAGUUAUGUGCGUAUAAAGGUAACGAGCACAAUAAAAGGGGAAAAUAUAUCAAAACUUGUAACGGCAAAUGUUUGUGUUGAGGAAAAUAUCAAUUGCUACUGCGGCCAAACAACUGCAGAGCCAUUUUGUAUUGUCGUGAUAGCUUGUCCGAGGAACCCAAACUCGGUAAUGUGUAAAUUGCUGCACUUCACUAGUCUUGAAGUUGUCUAUACUUGUGCUAAAAAAACGUUUUACAUGGAAUUAUUAGAAUUUGGUCAAGCAGUUUCUAUGCUUAGGGUUUAUGCAGUGUCGAAGUUUUACGUAUAAGGCAUUCUUCAACAUUAGUUUUUGUUGGCAGGACCUAAAAUAGCUAUAGAUGAGUUUUUUUCCUCAUUUCCCAGUGGAUUCCAUCCCUGGACAUAAUAACAAUAAGGGGACGCCGGUCUCUUCCGCAACUAAGAUCAAAGUAGUAUCUGUUUUUACAUUAUACCCUCAAUGUUGGCUGUUAUGGGCUAAGUCCGCCGCUAUACUUAUGCUGAUUACUAAGAUUAAAGUAUCUGUUUCACAUUGUGCCAAUAAAAUUGCAGCCAUAUUGAU